GGAGAUUCAGGCCAGGCAGGGACGCGCUGAGAGGAGAGGGGGGAACGCGCUGGCACCUGGGGCAAGGGCAAGGGCAAGGAAGCGGGAGAGCGAGGCGGGGGCUGCCUCACUUCUGGGGGCCGGGGUCUUGUGGGUGGAGGCUGAGCUGCCUGGGGAGGGGUCCUUGGGGCACUGAGAUUUGGUGAUUUGUAACGGGUUUGGGGGAGCCCCUCUCUUCUUCCCCGACCUUUCAAACUAGGGAGCCUCUGGGGGCUGUGAUGCUCGUGGGGAAAAGCCAGUUUGUUGAGGCCGCCUCGUUCACACCUCAAAACCUGUGAGCUUUGUAGUUAAAAAUUGAAUCUAGACAGGCCUCCCCCUAUCCCGUAUGGUUGUAAAAGAAGAAUUAGAGAAAUAGUAAAAGAUUUUUUUUAAAAAAAUUGAAGUUGGCAAACAUACAUGGAUUUGAUUGGCUUAAAAAUUAUCUCUGUGGAGAUGGGAAGCAUCAGUGUAGCCAGCAUGUAAUUAUUUUUACACAUCAAGUAUAGUAGCUAGAGUCAUUAACAAUCCCACCUUAUGCGUUGUCAAUAAUGUAUUUAAAGAUGCAUCUGUUUAGUAGGAGAGCAUACAGUGGCUUGCUUUUCAGUCAAGGUUCCAUGGCAACUUGCCUUAGAAGCAGCAAAAGUUUAAUCAAGCCCCGUCUAUAUAGAAAUAUCAGCCUCUCUUGUCAGAGAUGUACAGUUAUGGCAUCGUGGAUAAUAGAUAGAUAUGGGCGAAAUGAUGUGCUACGAUUUACAAAUAACAUGAUGUUCCCUAUAAUACAUUUUCCAAAUGAAGUUAUUAUUAAAGUCCAUGCUGCAAGUUUAAACCCUAUAGAUGUUAAUAUGAGAAAUGGUUAUGGAGCAGCCGCUUUAAAUGUGAAACGUGAUCCACUGAAAUUGAAAAGCACCGGGAGUGAAUUUCCUCUAACACUUGGUCGAGAUGUAUCUGGUGUAAUUAUGGAAUGUGGGCUAAAUGUGUCCUAUUUCAAACCUGGAGAUGAGGUAUGGGCAGCAAUUCCUCCCUGGAAGCAAGGCACUAUUUCAGAGUUUGUUGUAGCUAGUGGAAAUGAGAUCUCUCACAAGCCCAAGUGUCUCAGUCACAUGGAAGCUGCCUCCUUACCAUAUGUGGGUCUAACAGCAUGGUCUGCAAUAAACCAAAUUGGGGGACUGAACCAAGAUAAUUGCAGUGGGAAACGAAUAUUAAUUUUCGGCGCUUCAGGUGGAGUUGGUACCUUUGCUAUCCAGUUAAUGAAAGCUUGGGGUGGUCAUGUGACAGCAGUUUGUUCUCAGGAUGCCAGUAGCCUGGUGAAAAAGCUCGGAGCAGAUGAUGUGAUUGAUUACAAAUCUGGAGAUGUAGCAGAGCAACUGAAAAUGUUACCACUGUUUGAUUUCAUCCUAGAUAAUGUUGGUGGACCCACUGAAAAAUGGUCUCCAGAUUUCCUCAAGAAAUGGUCAGGAGCCACAUAUGUUACUUUGGUAACACCCUUUCUACUGAAUGUGGACAGGCUUGGAGUAGCUGAUGGCAUGCUACAAACAGGAGUCACGAUUGGAACCAAAGCUGUAAAGCACCUCUGUAAAGGAAUCCAUUAUAGAUGGGCAUUUUUCACACCGAGUGGCCAAUCUUUGGAUGAAAUAGCAAAACUGGUUGAUUCAGGAAAGAUAAUCAUGGCCAGCCCAUUGAUGAAGGAAUAUUGCAUCAAGAUUCAUCCAGUUGUUGAGCAAGUCUUCUCUUUUUCUGAAGUUCCAAAGGCCUUUCUGAGGCUAGAAGGAGGACAUGCACGAGGGAAAACAGUGAUCAAUGUGGUGCACUCAUACUAUAAUGCAUUAAAGAAUGGCCAUCCUGGGUCAGACGAAAGGGUCCAUCUAGCCCAGUAUCCUGUCUUCCGCCAGUGGUCAAUCCCAGGUGCCCCAGAGGGAACAGGUAGAAAGGGAAAGAUGAUCCCCUUAUAAACAACAUUCCAGAGUCAACAUACCACCUCCUUGGUCAAAUGUCUGAGAAAAGAGACAGGCUUUGCACGGUGCCUUGCAGGCCGGUAUAAUCUGGCUCUGUCCAGACCCCGCAUGGAAGCAAUUCCCAGAGUAGAUGAUCCCCACCCCAGAACUCCCUGCCACUGGAGACCGUGAGCUCAAGCACCUCAACCAACUUCACUUGAGUUCCAGCAGAACAUCACGAUACAUUUUUUUGUCGUCUUUUGUUGGUGGUCUUGGGACCAAUUCUCAUUCAGUGUAAUUCCACUGCAGUUUCUCCUGAUUUAAACCAGCAUGGGAGGCUACUUUACUCAGGUUACAUUUUAUUAAUAUUUACAAUUGUCAGAGUUGCAGUUAUGUCUUGCAGUUAAACUAAAAAGCUGAGUAUACCUCCUCACAUUUCAUCUUAGAACUUUUUAAAAAUAAAUGUUUAGGAUCUCUGCCCUUCUACUUUUGAGCUUGGCAGUUCAAAUCAGAAAGAGAACAAACAGCUAGAUAUUGUAUUUUCUAAUGCGAGCUAGCCAGUUAGAUCUCUGUCUCUCUAGAUCUAUAUUUUCCCUUUCUGAGCUAUUGUAUUCUGCAAUUAGGCAGUUUUCAAGUAUUCACUCAAAGUACAUUACAUGCUUUUUAAAAUGUUUAAUUGAAGAUGAGCCAGUAUACUAAUCUCUUUUGUCUUUGUCUAGUGGCUCAAUUAAGAUUGAAAAUAUUCUGCACAGUGUAGUUAUUAAAUAAAGGCACUUCCUGAACUAGACACGUUGAUAAACUUGUAAUUAAUAAUCACACUUUUCCUUGUGGGGAACAAAAAUUCCUCCAUCUGGCUGUAGCACAGGGG